CUGUCUGCGCAUCGGAUAUAAAAGGCCCGCGCACUGUCUUCUCACCACAGUUCAGACACUGCAACAACUCUGCACUGAAAACUUCCUGCUGCUUCUUUCUACACUCAAGAAUGGACUUCCAACUCUUUUCCGUGGUGAUGUUGUUCCUGGCCUGUGUGGAGCAGAGCCUGGCCUCCUGCGUGGUCGACAGCUUCACAGUCAAAGAGGACUUUGACCCCAAAAGAUAUUCAGGAAAGUGGUACGCUCUGCAGAAGAAGGAUCCUGAGGGUUUGUUCCUGCAGGAUAACAUCUCUGCUGAAUACACUGUCGAUGACGAUGGUGCCAUGGUUGCAUCCUCCAGGGGCAGAGUCACCCUCUUUGGGUUCUGGGUUGUGUGCGCUGACAUGGCUGCUCAGUACUCCGUGCCCGACCCCAGCAGGCCCGGCAAGAUGUUCAUGAACUACCAGGGUCUGGCCAGCUACCUGUCCAGCGGCGGUGACAACUACUGGAUCAUUGACACCGACUACGACAACUACGCCAUCACCUAUGCCUGCCGCAGCCUGAAGGAGGACGGAAGCUGCGAGGACGGCUAUGCCCUGGUCUUCUCACGCAACCCCCGUGGCCUCCCCCCUGCCAUCCAGAGAGUCGUCCGCCAAAAACAGGAGGAAAUCUGCAUGGCCGGAGAGUUCCAGCCUGUGCUGCAGUCUGGAGCUUGCUAAACUGCUCCCGAGCUGGAGAUUGUCGAGCCGCUCUUCAUCAAACUGGAUUGAUCAUCCAGCCCAAAAUGAAGACGGAGCUCGUCUCAAACACACAAA